UGGUCAAACAAGGCACACAAUAGAACACCAUCUACCAGUCUUUCUAGCUCAUCAUCUCAUCUCAUAUGAAAUCAAUCAUUCUUUCCCAUUUCUAAGGAAAGAGCUUCACUGAAAUGGAGAUUCACAUUCCUCUCAUCUUCCUCUCCUUAUUUCUCUCUUCAGUCUCCUCCGAUCAAUCCUCCUUCAUAAUCCACGUCUCCAAGUCCCAGAAGCCACACAUCUACACUUCCCACCACCACUGGUACUCCUCCAUUCUCGCCUCCCACCCGAACUCCAAGCAUCUCUACACUUACACCCACGCCGUCACCGGAUUCUCCGCCGCGCUCACUCCCUCCCAGGCCGACAGUAUUCGCCGCCUGCCAGGUGUCAUUUCAGUACUCCCUGACCGCGUCCAGCAUCUCCACACCACUCAUACUCCCACCUUUCUCGGCCUCGCCGAUAAUUUCGGCCUCUGGCCUAACGCCGAGUACGCCGAUGACGUCAUCAUCGGAGUUCUCGACACCGGUAUCUGGCCGGAGCGUGACAGCUUCAGUGACGAAGGACUCACGCCGGUGCCGGCCAGCUGGAAAGGCGUCUGCGAGACGGCGGAUGAUUUUCCGGCCUCCGUUUGUAAUAACAAGAUCAUAGGAGCCAGGGCGUAUUAUAAAGGAUAUUUAACUAACUCUAAAUUGAUUCAGAGUAAUGAGAAGCUUUCUGUAAGAGACACCGAAGGUCAUGGAACUCAUACUGCCUCAACUGCUGCCGGAUCUGUUGUACACGACGCUGGUUUUUACGAGUACGCGAGAGGCGAGGCGAGAGGAAUGGCGAUUAAGGCCAGGAUUGCGGCUUAUAAGAUCUGUUGGACUAAUGGAUGUUAUGAUUCCGAUAUUUUAGCAGCUAUGGAUCAGGCAAUUGAAGAUGGAGUGCACAUCAUAUCAUUGUCUGUUGGAGCUACUGGCUAUGCUCCGGAGUAUGAUCGUGAUUCGAUUGCCAUAGGUGCGUUUGGUGCUGCUCAAAACGGUGUCGUUGUGUCGUGUUCUGCGGGUAAUUCAGGUCCUGGUCCGUACACGGCUGUGAAUAUUGCGCCGUGGAUAAUCACCGUCGGUGCUUCCACGAUUGACAGGGAGUUUCCGGCUGAUGUGGUGCUAGGAGACGGGAGGAUCUUCGGCGGAGUGUCGCUUUACUCUGGAGAUGGUCUUGGAGACGUGCAGAUUCCGUUGAUUUAUGGGGAUGAUUGUGGAGAUAGAUAUUGUUAUAGUGGAUAUUUGGAUCCUGAGAAAGUCAAGGGCAAAAUUGUGAUUUGUGACCGGGGAGGCAAUGCGAGGGUGGAGAAAGGAAGUGCUGUGAAAAUUGCUGGUGGAGUUGGAAUGAUUCAUGCGAAUACGGAAGAGAAUGGCGAAGAGCUUUUAGCGGAUUCGCAUUUGAUUCCGGCUACUAUGGUUGGUCAGGCUGCUGGAGCGAAGAUCAGAGCUUAUUCCAGAUCGGAUAAGAAUCCAACGGCUACCAUUACUUUUAAAGGAACGGUUAUUGGAAACUCACCUUCAGCACCGCGUGUGGCGGCGUUCUCCAGCCGUGGACCGAAUCAUUUGACCGCGGAGAUUCUUAAGCCGGAUGUGAUCGGACCUGGUGUUAACAUUUUGGCAGGUUGGACUGGGUACACUAGUCCAACUGAUUUGGAUAUUGAUCCAAGACGAGUAGCGUUUAAUAUUAUAUCUGGCACGUCGAUGUCGUGCCCUCAUGUGAGUGGAUUGGCUGCUUUGCUUCGCAAGGCCUACCCGAAGUGGAGUCCAGCUGCUAUCAAAUCGGCUCUGAUGACAACGGCUUAUAAUGUGGAUAAUACCGGUGCAAAUAUCACUGAUCUUGCCACUGGUGUGGAGUCAACUCCGUUUGUCCAUGGAGCAGGACACGUGGAGCCAAACAGAGCUCUUGAUCCGGGGUUGGUUUAUGAUAUUGAUGUUAGUCACUAUGUGGCGUUCUUGUGUUCUAUUGGAUAUACUCCGAAGAGGAUUGCAGUGUUUGUGGGUGAUGAUAAAGUGGAUUGCAGUGUGGAGAAUUUGGGUGGUAGUCCCGGGAACUUGAAUUACCCAUCUUUCGCGGUGGUGUUUGAUGAUGGUAAUGAAGUUAAGUACAAAAGAGUUGUGAAGAAUGUAGGAAGCAAUGUAAAUGCUGUUUAUGAGGUGAAGGUGAGUGCUCCUCCUGGCGUGGGAGUGAGUGUGGUACCGAGUAAGCUUGAGUUCAGUGCGACGACUGAAGCACUGUCGUAUGAGGUUACAUUCACCAGUACAGUCGCAGCAGCAGUUGGCAGUAAAGCAUUUGGUUCAAUUGUGUGGACAGAUGGUGUUCACCUUGUCAGGAGCCCAGUUGCGGUUUCCUGGAGCACAAACUCUGCAGCAUCGGUAGCUUCCAUGUAAUUGGUUUGAAUGAAGGUGUAAAUUAGCAUUAUAUUUCAAGUUUCGCAGCUGUGACAGAAUCUGCGGCUUAGUAGUUGGGAUUAAAGAUUAGUUGCCAGAACAAGGGAAAGUUAACAGAGGAGACUGGGCGCAUUUUAUGUUUCCUACGUUGAUCACAGUAUAAUUUUCCUCGAUCACACUCCAUUGCAACUGAUAAUAAAUGAAAAACAUUGUUAAAUUGUUUCAGAAA